AUGGAGUCUAUCGACAUGGAGGCCGGCACCGAAGGGAUGCUCACGGACGUGGGCUUCAUGUUUGACGCGUGUCUUGAGAAGGUCACAUGCCGAUACGAGUACGGCGCUAAUGCCGACGUGUCGGUGCUACUCACGUACGCCAAGGAUGAGCCCGGGGCCCUGCAAAGCGGCCACUACGUGUGGCCUGCUGCGCCCGCGCUGUGCGAAUAUCUGACCAGGCACCGCGACAUUAUCCCGAGCAGUAACGUGGUGGAGCUGGGUGCAGGCUGCGGGCUCACGGGUCUAGCUGUUGCCCAGAUUCGACCUGAAGCUACUGUGAUCUUCACGGACCAUGACCCGGGUGUGCUCAAGGUCAUCGAACACAACGCCGGCCAGCAGGAGCGCACGCAGGCCACGUGCCUUACGCAAAGUCUGCGUUGGGGACCGGAUGGCGCAAAGGAGAUCGAGGCAAUAGAGAAGCUGCAAGUAGGACCUGAAGGUAGCAAUGGCGUCACGGGUCUGAUUGUCGGCUCGGAUGUCAUCUAUGCGCGUGAGGUGGUACCGUUGCUCUUCUGGACAGUGGACAGGUUACUGUCGCCUGGUGGCGUGUUCCUCAUGUGCUCGAGCUUUGGCUACGACGAGGAGACAGAGAAGGAGAUAGACGUGCAGAGCGCCAAGUGCGGACUUAAGAGGGAGAUUAUCCAGUGCUCGCUGAACGAAGGAGGGACCAGGAUCCAGUGCUUCACGCGGACAACUACCAGGUAG